CACAAGUGUUGUGACGUCAAAGUGUCUGCAGGUGUUGGAAGAGGCGCAGUAUUGGCGUAAGUGACGCUUAAAACGGCUUUUACGAUGGCUUCAGCGACAGAUAACCGUUAUGGACAAAAGGAGUCUUCCGACCAGAACUUUGAUUACAUGUUCAAAAUCCUGAUCAUCGGGAACAGCAGUGUUGGGAAGACCAGCUUUUUGUUCCGUUAUGCAGACGACUCCUUCACGCCAGCGUUUGUCAGCACAGUAGGGAUCGACUUCAAGGUGAAAACCGUCUACAGGAAUGACAAGAGGAUAAAGCUGCAGAUCUGGGACACAGCAGGACAGGAGCGCUAUAGAACAAUCACCACUGCCUACUACCGCGGAGCCAUGGGCUUCAUCCUCAUGUACGACAUCACCAAUGAAGAGUCUUUCGCUGCAGUGCAGGACUGGUCCACACAGAUUAAGACAUACUCAUGGGAUAAUGCCCAGGUGCUUCUAGUGGGCAACAAGUGUGACAUGGAGGAUGAGAGGGUCGUGGCCUCAGAGAGGGGCCGACAGCUCUCCGAGCAUCUCGGUUUUGAGUAUUUUGAGGCCAGUGCCAAGGACAACAUCAACGUUAAACAAACCUUUGAGCGGCUGGUAGACAUAAUCUGUGAGAAGAUGUCGGAAAGCCUGGAUGCUGCUGAUCCCGCAGUGACGGGAGCCAAACAGGGGCCACAGCUCACGGAGCAGCCCGCCGCGCCGCACCAGGACUGUGCUUGCUGAGCACCCCCCAAGCUUCAUCUGCACUGCCUUGCACCAACACAAAAAACGAGUUUAGGUAUUUAAAAAAGAACAAGAAACAUAAAACCCUCAAUUUCCCUUACUGCCUCAACUGGCCACGCCCUCUAGCCCCUCCCUUGCUCUGCCCUUUUACCCCUCUCCCUCUCUGAACUCUUAAUGAAUUCUCAUUUUCGACAUGCCAAGCUUUGGAAUGAUUUUAUUCAACGUGCAAUCCAUUCACUUUUAAAAGGAAAGCCAUAGCACCCUUCAAGGGUUUUUGAUCAGGCCUAAAAUUAUGAUUUAGCCCGGUUUAACUUUUAACCUUAUAAUUAGGCCUAAGUUUAAAUUUUAGCAGUGUGUGUUUAGGACCAAGAUUUGUUUCAUUUAGGCCAGGCCUAAGUAAACUUCAGGCCUUAUGUUGGCAUACUUUUAGCAUGUUUCAGUUUUCAAUGCCUUCAUUUCACUUUAUACAAUAAAGGGAUAGUUCACCCAAAAAUUUAUUUCUCUCAUUAUUUACUCACCCUCAUGCCAUCCCAGAUGUUUAUGACUUCAUUUCUUCUGCAGAACACAAAUGACGAUUUUUCGAAAAAUUUCUCAGCUCUGUAGUUCCUCACAAUGCAGGUAGAUGAAUGGGUGCCAAACUUUUUUAGCUCCAAAAUCCACAUAAAGGGAGGAUAAAAGUAGUCCAGUGGUUAAAUCCAUGUGUUCAGACAUGAUAUGAUAGGUGUGGGUGAGAAACAGAUCAAUAUUUGUCAUUUUUAUCAUAAAUUCUCCUCCCUGCCCGGUAGGGGGCGAUAUGCACAAUGUGAGUCACCAAAAAACAGGAGAAGAAAGUGAACGUAAAAAAAAAAAAGACUGAAAUAUUGAUCUGUUUCUCACCCACACCUAUCGCUUCUGAGGAUGUGGAUUUAACCACCAGAGUUGUCUGGAGUACUUUUAAGUUGCCCUUAUGUGGAUUUUGGAGCUUCAAAAUUUUGGCACCCAUUCACUUGCAUUGUAUGGACCUACGAACUGAGAUAUUCUUCUAAAAAUCUUAAUUUUUGAUCUGCAGAUGAAAGCAAAUCAUACACAUCUAGGAUGGCAUGAGGGUGAGUAAAUGAUGAAAGAAUUUGUAUCUUUGGUAAACUAACCCUUUUAGAAUUUUUUUUCUGCUGCUGUUCCUGUCCUUGAACUAUUUAUGAACAAAUAUUUAAAAAAGGAACAGAGAGAGAUUUCUGUAUAUUUGUUCCAAAUGUGUACAUAAUAAAAACAGUGCAGUAUUUAAAUUAUACAUGUAGAGAUACAUAUAUAAAAUGUUUAGUUUUCUUUGAAAAUUAUUCCAAAAAUAUAAAAGAACGUUAGAGAAAUGCUGUUGUCAUGGUAAUUCUUAGCAGUGCUUGUGACAAACCUUUCUUGCUUAUUUGUACCUGUGACAUAUUGUAUCUUGUUCACUGCCUUGCUUCAUAUAACUUCAGUCCAGGGACUGGAACCCAGAUAUCAUACACAGACAUUCCUUAAUGUAAAUGUGCAUGUAAGGAAUUAAGCCAUUUAGGCACAUAGUGGUAAGAUUCCUUUCUAACUGCUUGGUUAGGUCUUGUCAAGUGUAUUUCUAGUCAAGAUUAGUUUAAUUUGUGCCCAUGCUGUUGCUUCUGUCACUGUAGCAGCAGAACCAUACAUUUGAACUAGGAAAUACCAACAAUACUCUUAUUAUAUGCUCUUUACUAAGACUUUGCCUAGCAUUUCUCAAGAUUUUCUAGAGUGGCGUGUACUGUGAAAGAUUGCGUGUGGCACUGUUUAAUAUCAGGCCUGCAACUGUAAUGCAAAAAUCAGCAUAAAUGCAAAAAUAAAUAAAUAAAUAAAUAAAAGCCCAUGAUGAGUAUUAAUGUUUACAUGUGUAAGACCCUCUCAAAUUAUUCCUGCAUCUUUCCUUUGCUAUUCUGAAAACGUACUGUAAAUACAUUUGGAUCUUUGGUUUUAAGUGUGGACUGUGUUGUAUCGAUUCUGGGUUUAAAAAUAUAUUAAGAGAUAUAAAGAAAAAAAAAGGAUAUAAAGGAUGUUCUGUACCUGCUAUUGUGUAUGCCUGCUUGUGAAUGAAUGUGCCACUUUAUCACAAAGCAAUACUAAAGAAAAUACCAUUUCAUGUGUUAUAGAUUAUUCAUUACUCUGUUAACGUAAAACAUUUUUAUGUGUGAUGUAAUGGAAAUGUCAUGGUUUGAGUGAGUGGCUUAAAUCCGGAUUAGGACGUUCAAUGGUAAACCAAAGGAGGCAGACAGACUGACUAUAUACUGUGCAGUAUCACAGGGCCCAGGACAACGUUGCUGGUUGUCCCCUACCGACAAGUGUCGUGAAUAUCAAGAGUGAGAAAGAUAUGCAUUUUAAUCUUUAUCAACAUCACAGGUCACCCUGUAAGGUAGCCUCUCUACCAUCAGAUCAGUUUAGCAGGAUGAAGAUCUAGAGUUUGUUCUCCAUUUCCUUCUUUCUUUAUCUAAAAUUGUUUUUUAUUUUGUGUGCAUGCUGAUUCAUGCUUUCCAUUGUGAUUGUUUUUUUUUUGUUUGUUUUUUUCUGAUAUUGGAGUGUAAUGUAUAAGGAAAAAACAUAAUAUGCAGUAGUAAGUGUACUGUAUUUACAAUAAGGGGUUUGGUGUCAAAGUGUCCCGUGGUGAAAUUAACCAAAUCAACUGUCUAUGUUGUGAAACUGACUUCUAAAAAAAAUAAAGGUUUGUGCUGUUUACUUGA